AUGCUGGCCGCCCUCGGGGGCAACUCCCCUCCUAGCACCAAAGACAUCAAGAAGACUCUAGACAGUGUGGGCAUUGAGGCGAAUGAUGACCAGCUCAACAAGGUUAUCAGUGAGCUGAAUGGAAAAACCAUUGAGGAUGUCAUUGCUCAGGGUGUCGGCAAGCUCGCCAGUGUGCCUGCUGGUGGGGCUAUAGCUGUUUCUGCUGUGCCUGGCUCAGCAGCUCCUGCUGCCCGUUCUGCCCCUACUGCAGGGGACAGGAAAGAUGAGAAGAAGGAGGAGUUCGAAGAGUCAGAUGAUGACAUGGGAUUUGGCUUGUUUGAUUAA